GUGAGGAAAUGACUGCGAAAAUCAUUGCAUUGGUGAAUUUUAUUAUUAAAAAAUAAAAACCUUCGACCGCGACACGCUGGUCGAGUGAAUUUAAAAUAUCGAGUGGGUAAUCGAUUUUUUUUAAAAAAAAGGGGAAAGAAAAAGUCGAUCAUCGAUUCAUUGGUCAUGUCAUCUCUAUCUGUGUGUGUUCUGUCUUGAUGAGAGAAAGAGAGAGAGAGAGAGAGAGAGAGAGAGAGAGAAAGAAAGAGAAAGGAGUAUAUGUUGUCUAGCUGAGAGUUGUAUGGGGUCGUGUGUUUUUUGUUAAUUCGUUUAUUAUUGUUACUAUGAGGUAGCAUGUGUGACAAUAGAUAAAUAUCGAGGAAUUGAGACGAACGCGACAUGACGUCCAAAACUGUAUGCAUCACCCAAGAAGGACCCGCGAACGCGUUAGCCCUUAAUAAAGAUAAUAGCCAGGUUGUGAUAGCCGGUCGUAAUGUUUUCAAAAUACUCACAUUGUUGGAGGAUAGAUUUGAGGAAACUUGUAAUCUUCGAGUUGGCAAGAAUUUGAAUCUUAAUUUCUCUUGCAAUGAUGUUGCCUGGAACCUCAUUGAUGAUCAUGUAUUGGCAACUGCAGCUACGAAUGGUGCAGUGGUUGUGUGGAACCUAAAUAGACCAUCCAGAUCAAAACAAGAGCAUGUAUUUAUGGAUCAUAAACGAACUGUGAAUAAAGUGAGUUUUCAUACGACGGAACCUAUGUGGCUGAUAUCUGGUUCUCAGGAUGGCACUAUGAAAUGUUUUGACUUACGAACAAAAGAAGCUGUUAAAACAUUUCUUAGUAAUACAGAAUCCGUGAGGGACGUUCAGUUUUGUCCACACCAAUUGCAUAUGUUUGCAGCAGUUUCUGAGAAUGGUCACGUGCAGCAAUGGGACAUGAGAAGGCCUGAUCGUUAUUUUCAGCAUUUUACCGCACACAGCGGCCCGAUAUUUGCUUGCGACUGGCAUCCCGAAUCUAUAUGGCUCGCUACAGCAUCUAGGGAUAAAACAAUCAAAGUUUGGGAUUUAUCGGCUAAACCAAGUUGCGAUUAUACUAUACACACGAUUGCAUCGGUAGGACGCAUAAAAUGGAGGCCGCAAAAGAAAUAUCAUAUAGCUAGUUGCGCUCUAGUAGUCGAUUGUAGCAUAAACGUUUGGGACAUACGGAGACCGUACAUCCCAUUCGCGAGUUUCAACGAACACAAGGAUAUCCCCACGGGGGUAGCAUGGAGAGGCAGCUCGCAGUCGUUUUUGUCUACGAGCAGAGAUUGCACGUUAUAUCACCACGUAUUCGAGGACGCCACAAAGCCGGCCAGUAAAGCGAACCCACAAGGUAUUGCGUUGAAUCCAAACGGUGACAUUGCGUACGCUUGCAAAAUGAACGUGAACGUGACAACUCCUGCAAAACAGAAAGCACCUACGACGAACGAUACCUUUUGCAUGGCUUCGAGCAUAAUGCAUAGAUUCAGUGUAAAUUCGACGAACAAACCAAUGUGGUUCAAGACUUUCGCCGAAGGCUAUCUACUUUCCGGGAGGUUGGACGAAAUCUGUGAUCACAACGCGAUUGUCGCAAGCAACAGUGGUAGACACGAUCUUAGUAGAGUGUGGAAUAUCAUAAAGACUUUGUACGCGAACCCUUUGGGCUCCAUAUUAAAAACGCCACCGGCGGUGCCGAAGGAAGAUAUUGUCAAUACCUCGAAUUUGGUACAAAUCACGAAAGGUUCUGGCAUGGAACAGUCAAAUGCAGGCUAUGAAAGUGAUGUGAAGUCUCUUCAAGGGGAAAACCAAACCGGUGCUACCAGUGGCGGUGACGACGAGACUGAGACGGACGAAACGCCGGAUAAUCAAAAUUUCGCAGACCCUGUCCUGCCAAAUUACAGGAGACCACUUGCCAGUCAUCACACGGGAUUGUCGAAGGGCGACUUCAUCUUUGGAGAGAGCGAACUUGAGCCCAUGACCUUGGAAUACAACAAUGGUUUUAUGCGGGACAUGAUAGACAACGACGAUGAUUGGGCGUUGUCUAAGGAAGCUUUCCCUUUACGGCACGAAAUAAAGGACCCGUCCCCGCCACCGGAACAGUUUCCCAAUCACCUUCCUGACCUCAACGAAGACUCAGCUUCCGUUGUGGUCGAGGAUCAACCGUGUCAGCUAGUAGUGUCGGCUAUACCUAAACCGUUGUCUUGGGAUCCCACGCGUUUAAUUGUGGAAGCGUUAAAUCAUCACGCGGAUAUCAGGGACGUGCAAACAUCGGCAUCGAUCCUCAUUGCUUUAGGAGAAAAGAGAAAAGACUUGAACAUUGAAAUAGCCACGCAGGAACAUUGGUUGAUGGAAUACUUGGACAUGCUCUGCAAGUUCAAACUCUGGCAUGUAGCUACCCAGAUAAUACAAUUAGCAUGGAUUCCUUCCAUAUCACAGCUGAAUCAACAAUCAACUCUAAUACACACGUGUUGUUUAGCAUGUACAAAGCCCUUGCAACGAUCCGCGUGGUUGUGUGACCGUUGUCAUACGUCUGAACACGCUCUCUGUUCCGUAUGUCAUCAGGUGGUACGUGGUAUAUACGUAUGGUGCCAAGGAUGCACACACGGAGGUCAUAUAAAUCACAUGAACGAAUGGUUUAACUGCAAUCGGCAGUGUCCAACAGGUUGUGGGCACACAUGUGAAUAUACAUGAGGAGGAUGUCCUGUGAUAUCCGCUACAACUAGACGACUGUAAAUAAAAAUGCUGUAAUAUGGCCCAGGAGAGAAAUGAUAGAAGCACAAUACAAGUUGCUCAUCAGACUGAUAUAAAUAAUGAGAUACGGCUUAGGGAAUGUCCUCCAAACAUCUCAAGAAUCGAUGACUUGGUUAAGAAAAAAAAGAAACAUUCUCUUCUUUUGGAAAGACCAAAAAAAUGUUUCCGCCCGGGAUCGAACCGGGGACCUUCCGCGUGUUAGGCGGAUGUGAUAACCACUACACCACGGAAACUGUGAUGGAAAG